GUCUGGCGGUUCUGCAUUGCGCAUGGCGGCAUCACGGUUCAUUCGCUACGGCAGCACUGGCGAGAUUGAGGACGUUCUGGAGUUCCAGAUCGCAAGGGCCAUCAUUGCUGGUGACAUGCAAGUGAUUAGUUGGAGGUCUGGCACCUCGGACCCUACGCCCGUGGCUCAGACGACGAUUGUCUGGAUUGCGCUUGCGGAAGCGCUCGGAAGACAUGCCAAUCCUGUUGCUGGGGAUCGGACAUCGGAAUCGGUGAAUGGAGAGGGACUGGGAUGCUUUGCUUUCCGACGCAAUCAAAAGUGCCGACACCGCGGUGAGGCGACCCGUGGCAAGUGCGGUGCUGGAUGCGAAUGCUCGGGCGAAGGGUCUAAGAACCUCCAUAUCUCCGAGGCGGCCAUGCUGCGGCUGCUGGACCUGGCCAUCCUCACUGGAGAUGCAGACUUGGCCCAGCGUUGCGCCCACCGAUGUGGUGGACGGAAGCCUCUGAGGCGAUGGAGGUCCGACGAUCUUUUCGAUGACAGGCCUGGCAUGGAACCAUUGGAGUUGGAACCCGAUGUCAUGGCAGCCGCCCUGCUCUCAGGCAUAGCCCUGCAGGGCCUCAACAUAGGUAUUGACGUACCUUUGCGUGAAGCCAUCGUAUUGUCUGGCGACCUGCAGCUCUGGAACCGUUUGGCCCACGUGCUCCCACAAGGCCGGAGCCAGUGGAUCCCGAAAGGACCAAACUCGGGGAAGACGUUGCGCAAAUUCGACGCGCGACACAUGCCGCUGCCGCAGCUCUGCAUGGACAGACUCAACCUUUUUCUUGCAGCUAACAUGCCCUUGGCAGAGUUUCGCUUUAUAGUGUUUCUCUGCCAAAGCUGCGAACAGAAAGCUUCGCGGGAUGGGCAGCAUUAUCAUGCAGGGCCAUGGUCACUGCGACCUGUUCGUUUGCUGGAUGUGGCUGUAUAUCAAGGGCAGUCAGCAUGUGCAGAGUUGCUUGCAUCAGCCGGCGCCACGUGUGCCACAGUAUGGACCCGCAACGCAUAUUUGCCAAACAUCGGCCCUUGGCUUUGCGCUGAGUGCGAGAAUGUUGCUCGCAUAGACUCUAGUGUUGCAGUUGUACCGCUGGAGGAGCGCCAUGCCACUGCGGGGGCAGCACUUCGCGUCGCCUUCGCUCGUGCUGAGCGUCUUGUUGCUCCCACGGGGCUGGGUGUCUACCAGCUCCUGCUCAUGUGGGGCCGGUGCAAGAAGGUGCCGGCAGCCUUGGUGAACUUGGGACUCUCCUUCGCUGCAGAGAGGCCUCAGCUUGCUUCCGUACUGGAGGGCCUUGAGGAGGAAGUCUUGCAGGCAGCGAGCGCUGCUCAGCGAGAGGACGAAGGACCGGUGGACCGUCUUGCGGCGCCACUGCUGCAGCAAAACCAGCAGCCUCAGGGCGAGGUAUCGACGCGUGCUGAUGCGCCGGCAGGCGAGGCAGAUCCAGCAGACUUUGAUCAGGAGAUGGGAGGCCGGGAUACAAAGACCGACGACUUGCUGGUGGCAAUUCGCAACAGCCGGGCCGAUCCGCCGCCCUUGAGCCCCGAUGGUGUCAUUUGCUUUAGGCUUACUAGGAAGGCCAACGCUCCUCAUGUCAAUGAGCUGCUCUUCGAUGCUGAAGGGCCGCUGCAAGAGCUCCACGACCGUGUGCGGGAUGCCGAAUGCGAGGUAGCACCGGACUGGUCGCCAUUCAAAGCCCUCUUCGUGCCCCUCACAGAGAUGCAGCUCCUGGAGCUGACGAGAGAAAGCAGCGCAGAUACUCUCGAUUUCGGCAAAGAGCACAUCCUAGCCCUGCAGUCGGACGAGCCACUGCUGGACCGUGCUAUACGCGGUCUCUCUAACAAGUACCGCCCUCGUCUGUGGCCUGCGAUCCCCCGGGACGCACAUGGUGAGCCGGAUGAGGAGAGAGAAGAAGACGAAGCCGCGAUCGAAGUAGAGACCAACCUGCGAACCAACUCUAGCCUAGGCUUUCCAAGCUACGAGCAGUGA